GACGGAUCUCUGCGUGAAGAUGUUUGUGGGACCUGUCAGGGAUGUGGCGCAUGCUCUGCAAGUUCAUUUCAUCAGUGCCAGCAGCGGAGCAGCGUUGUCCUGCUGAGGGAAGCCAUCGGGUGGAAAUGUUGAGCAUCUGCAGGGAGCUCUGGAGCUCUGCUGGCCGAGCUGAGGAGGCCUGAGCGCUGUCCACCUCUGGAUUACAUGGUUGCUGAAGGCAAAUGUGCAUGAAAAGAUAAACAGAACGGGACAGAGCAGAGGCUGUCCUGCCUGCACUGCAGAUAAGCAGAAGCUGUGAGUCUACUCUCCCCUUUGGUUGACAUUGUUGCUGUUUCGGGCCUCUUUGUGUGCCAGACUGUAUUUGUGGGAGUAGAUGUGCUUAUUAAUAAUGAAUGUAAUGGGCAGCAGCCCCUAAACUGUGAACUCAGGCUUGGAACUGGGUGGGUUUAUUUCUAACCCCUAAAGAGGAAGGUUAGACCAGGAACAAUGGCGGACCACGAGGAAGCAGAAUUAUCCGAGUCCCUUCAGAAGGCGGAAGGCUUUUCAAGUGAGAUGGAGGAGCCGAACUUCAAAUCUAAAAGUUUGCCUGUUUUAAAUGAAGCAGCGCCUCAAGAGGAAACCUUGCUUGCUAGUUCUGUGCGAAUGUCUAUAACAGCUGAAGAGAGCGCUGAAUUUAUCCAGCUUCCACCUAAGACUGAGUCCUUCCAGGCAGAGUCGCCAACGAGAACAAACUACUCACCAAAGCCAGGGAAGUCGGCGUUAAACAGGCCGAGCUCAUACAUGGAGAACACAGAGAUCCGUAGAAGUAAAAACUUAGCUAGAAGGAAGCCCCCUGGAUUUUUUGCUGCCAGGCUGGCUCAGAUCCGUCUGCCCAGCAGGAAGUACCUGGGCCUUAUUUUGCAGGACUCUCGCUGCUUCCUGUUCUGUAUGUGCUACCUGACGUUCAUCCAGUCGCUCAUGGUGUCUGGCUACCUCAGCAGCGUCAUCACCACGAUAGAGAAAAGGUACAGCUUAAGGAGCUCAGAAUCUGGCCUCCUUGUCAGCUGUUUCGACAUAGGGAGCCUCCUAGUGGUUGUCUUUAUCAGCUACUUUGGUGGACGGGGCCAGAGACCUCGCUGGCUUGCGGUGGGGGGGGUUUUCAUCGCUGUAGGUGCCGCUCUUUUCUCCUUACCUCACUUUAUCUCCCCGGCUUACCAGAUUCAGGAAGUUAACGCGUCCUCUGGCAACGAGGGCCUCUGUAUGAACAGCAAUGCUAGCAGCAGGGACCGUGUUGACAUCACUUCCUGCCCAAGAGACCAGGAGGGUAAUGAACACAACCUGUACGUGGCACUCUUCGUUAUCGCCCAGAUCCUGGUGGGUAUGGGAUCCACGCCCAUCUACACACUGGGACCCACCUACCUGGAUGACAACGUCAAGAAGGAGAACGCCUCGCUGUAUCUAGCCAUCAUGUACGUGAUGGGAGCACUGGGUCCAGCGGCUGGUUACCUGCUGGGAGGAGUCCUCAUCGGCUUUUAUGUGGACCCCAAGACUGUUGUGAACAUCGAUCAAAGCGACCCCCGUUUCAUUGGAAACUGGUGGAGUGGGUUCCUGCUCUGUGCCGUGGCCAUGCUGCUGGUCAUCUUCCCCAUGUUCACCUUCCCCAAGAAGCUGCCACCCCGACACAAGAAGAAGAAGAGGAGGAAAAAGCUGAGCUUGGACGACCUGUCCAGCGAUGACGACGUCCUAAAGGAGAAGAGCAACAACAACAACAAGACCCAGACGGUCACCUCGUCCAUGGGCUUUGGCAAGGACAUUAAAGACCUGCCCAAAGCAGCAGUGAGGAUCCUCAGCAACGUGACUUUCCUCUUCGUCAGUUUGUCCUACACGGCGGAAAGUGCCAUCGUCACGGCUUUUAUUACCUUCAUCCCCAAGUUCAUCGAGUCUCAGUUUGGCAUCCCGGCUUCCAGCGCCAGUAUCUACACCGGUGUGAUUAUCGUGCCCAGCGCCGGCGUGGGCAUCGUCCUGGGCGGAUACAUCAUAAAGAAGCUGAAGCUGGGAGCCAGAGAGUCGGCCAAGCUGGCCAUGAUCUGCAGCGGCGUCUCUCUGCUCUGCUUCUCCACACUGUUCAUCGUCGGCUGUGAGAGCAUCAACCUAGGAGGAAUCAACAUCCCAUACACCACUGGGCCGACCCUCACCAUGACCCAGAGGAACCUGACAGGAGGCUGUAAUGUGAACUGCGGCUGUAAGAUCCACGAGUACGCUCCGGUGUGUGGCUCUGAUGGCAUCACGUACUUUAACCCCUGCUUGGCCGGCUGCAGCAGUGUGGCUAACGACAGCACCGGGAUUCGUAACUACUCUGACUGCGCCUGCGUCCAGAGCAGACAGGUCAUCACGCCGUCAUCCAGCGGUCAGGGCAGCAACCAGCUGCAGCUCGUCAUUGUCAAGACCUACCUGAACGAGAAUGGCUACGCUGUGUCGGGGAAGUGCGACCGAACCUGCAGCACCCUCAUCCCCUUCCUUAUCUUCCUCUUCAUCGUCACGCUCAUCACUGCCUGUGCCCAGCCCUCCGCUAUCAUCGUCACCCUCAGGUCUGUAGCGGAGCAGGAGCGGCCGUUUGCUUUAGGAAUGCAGUUUGUUCUCCUCAGGACUCUCGCCUACAUCCCGACACCCAUCUACUUCGGCGCCGUCAUCGACACCACCUGCAUGUUAUGGCAGCAGGACUGCGGCGUCCACGGCUCCUGCUGGGAGUACGACGUCACCUCCCUACGCUUCGUCUACUUCGGCCUCGCCGCCAGCCUCAAGUUCCUCGGUUUCCUCUUCAUCUUCCUUACCUGGUACUCCAUUAAAUACAAAGAGGAGCGGGUGGAGCGCUGGCUCAAGCGCCACCUGUCGCCCGUCGACACGGUGGGCAGUCUCGUCUGCCACCCUGGCGGCCACAAAGGCCACGCCCGUACCCGCUCCUGCCCAGUCAACAUUCCCCGAACUGACCCCAACGCAUUGCCUGCGAACGGUCCACCCCGAGCGGGCGCUCUCAACCGCGGCAUCAGCACCCAGAGCUGCCCCGGGAAUGAGCUUAAAGCAAUAACUCCUCCUCCUCCAGCCACGCCGUCACCUGCGGCUCCUCCUGCCCCAGCACCGGCCCAAUCGCUGGAACACGUCUCAGUGCGGGUUUGAGUUUCAGAGCAAGGCAGGCACUUUAUUCUGAAAUCCACCUAGCUGGAUUUUAGCCGCUGUCACAGGCACCCACCGUCUUACAGAGGUGCUGCUCAUCAUAAACUCUCGUUGGACACAUAAACGCUCAAACCAGCGGCUUCUUUAGGUCUAACGGCGGAGGAUCUGCUGGGUUGAUGAAACAUUGAAAGCAUUACGGUGUUUUUUUGAUCCACCAGGCGACACUGCGAGCAGAUAAAGGCUCAGCUUCCUCGUUUUGAAUGGAGGAGAGUUCAUUGCUCAUGACCCACACCUUCUCCUCCCCCUCCCCUCCGUCACUUUGGCAACAUGUGCCUUCUGUCACCACGGCCCUCACACGUACGGUACACAACCAAACACCACGCAGUGGACGUCCCUCUGACACCUCAUAGGAAAUGUGAACAGAUACCUCAGCUUCGCCGAUCCUCUGCUCCCCCACCUCACGUCUGCGUGCUUCUUCUUCGUUGGUCUUUUUAUGUCUUCAUCAUGGUCUUUUUGUUUCUUUUACGGACACUGCAUAUCACACGGAAUUAAAAAAAUAACUCUGGAAACGUGACACACUGAAAUUAAGUGUUAAGAACUGGAAACCGAUGGCAUGGUGCUAUGUGAAAAACAAUGUUAAAUGUCCACUUUUAGUUCUUUUUCUUAGUUUUUAGGGGGUUAAAACACUUGAAAAGAACCCAACCGGACGGCAGGUCACUGGGCUAAGCAGCUUGGCACGCACAGAAUGCAUUCCUGUCCCAUGCAAGGCCUUUUGUUGCUCCUCAUGGCACAACGACACGUAGAAUUACCGCUGGAAGUCGGAUUGUUUGGCUUUUACCAGCCCCACACAAUGCAUUCAUACAUCGGAGCUGUUUCCCUCCUGACUUGGCGGCCUGAUUAGUGGUUUAACGGGGAAAAAGAACAUUUUCCUCCUGACCACAUUCCUGUUUGGACGAGUCACCAAGAGGAGAAACUCUACUUGGAGGGAAAGACGGGGUGUAUUUCUGACUUUUUAGCAGGCUCCAUCAUUAACCGACAAAAACACGUUUGUAACAAACAUGUAGGUAGUGGACCAUCACGUAGAGGUCUUAGCGUAGUCGUCUGUCCUUCGUCAGCUCCAGGAAAUAAACGCUGCAGGUGAACACUGAGUUCCUGAAUAGAAAGUCAGCUUCUUGCUCUGCUUUUGUUGGGUAAUUGUUACACAGUAGUCCCAGUGAUUUAUGGGUAAUUCUUGCUGAUAAAAAAUAGGAUUAGAAGUUUUUUACUCCACAUGUUGGACCAUGAAAAGGUGUAAAAAAGGAAAGUUUCCAUGCGGUACAGUUUAGAAAUUAGGCAAAAAUCACUCUUAGAGAACACUGUCCAGCUGCAGCUACUGAUUUUUCUUUAUUUUUAAAUCUGCUAAUUGUUCUUUAAAAUAAAUCAAUGAUUAUUUUUAUUAUCUAGAAAAGAAAAGCUAAAAAUCCCCUCAUGUUUCCUCACACAGUCACAGCUUUGAAAAACUUUUUUGUUGGACCCAGAAUCCAAAUAUGUUCAACACUUAGGGAGAGAAACAGCAACUUCUCACAUAUUAGAGGCAGAAAUUAAGAAUUAUUAAAUGUUUAUGAAUCAAUUUAGGCAAAUAGAUUAAGUAUCUGUCCGUUAAUUAAUGGCUAAUCAUGUUAGCAAUAGAGCAGUCCAAAUAUAGACGUUAUAGUAGUUAAAAAAAACUUUGGAUGCAAUCAUUUCAACAAGCAGCUAUUACUCUUAAAAAAUCUAAAGAACGUCUGCUGUCUUGGUAAAAUACUCAUUCAAGGCUGAAGUUUAAAAGCAGACAAUUUUAUAUCCAAAGUUAAGGUUGUACUUGUCAAGUAAAACAUUUCAUAGCUGUUGUGGAGCUUUCAAUAACAUUUUAUCAGCAGGCAGAGAAUUCCCAUCUUCAACCUGCAGAUAUCCACGUUUAGUGUUACGUCUUGUUGAUCUUUGCUAACAGUUAAAGGGGGCAUAUCAUAAAAAACACUUUUCAGUAAUUUUAGACAUAUGUUUGGGUAUUUGGAGUUUUACCGACCCAUAUAAUGUGAAAUAAGCCGGACCAGUUUUUUGCUUGUGGUCUGAAGUCUGACAGUGGCUCAGAAUCUGCUCCUUGUGGCAUCACAAAAGCCUCGCCCUUCUCCUGGUAUCUCCUACCGAUAAGAGCAGUCCAUCGUGGUUCUUUGCUAGAAUAAUGGCAGCCUACCCUUUUCUGGAUGAAAACAUUCCAUCAAAGCAGAUUGAGAUAGAUUUAAAAAAUACUCUGAUUUCAAAGCUUAAAACAAGGAAACUGUACAGUUUAAUAGUUGCCAAAAUUUUCAGUGAAUUAUAAAUGUAAGUGAUUGAUUCCUUCUCUAAAUAGGGCAAUGCAUGUAUGAUGGCUUAUUAGUACCACUCUAAAAAAGAAAAAAAAAGGUUAUUUUAUUUUCAACUUUAAAAGACAAGUUUUAGGUUAUAAAAUUGUCACAUUUUCAGACACCAAACUCAGUCAUUUCACAUUUAUUAAGUGGUAAAAAUCUGAAAAAAAAUCUGUUAAUGGGUUUAAAAAGUCUUAAAUUCAUGAGAAAAAUGUUAAAGGUUAAAAGUUUUUAAAUUUGUGAGAAAAAAAAAUCUAGAAUUUGAAAUUUAAAAAGUCUAAUUGAUGAGGAAAAAAAUUUUAGUUUAAAAUUUGAACAAGAGAACAAUUACAAUUUGUUGGGAGUUACAAAGUCAUAAAUUUAUGAAAAAAACUUACAAUUUUGUACUUAAAAACACUUAGAUAUAAAAGAAAACCAUUAUUUUGUUAAAAAAUUGGAAAUUUGAAAAACUGAAAUUUUAAGUUAAAGAAAUCCUACAUUUUUCAACUUCAAAAAGUCAUAAAUUUCCAAGAAAACCCUGCAAAUUCAUGAGUGUAGGAUGUCUUAAAGUCAGAGAAAAGCUUAAAAAAGUUGUAAUAAAUAAAGGUUUAAAAAUUUCCCCAAAAAAUUGCAAAAGGUUUCAAAUGUACAGACAAAAACUGAAGAGUUCAAAAACGUUACACUUUUUGUGUGAAAAAAACUCUUGGACAAGUCCCACAGUUUAGAGGCUCAUUAAAUAAUAAUUUUCACUGGGACUGAUCAGGAUUUUCUUCUGAUUUUAGUCCAGUAUAAUUAUCAUUAGUAUCUGAGUUUGUUCUUUUUUAAGGCUUCUUAAAGUUUUAAAUCACAAAGUUAUGCAGUUUUAAGUUUUUGGAGUGGCCCUAGUAUGUGUUCCUGGAUUGGCAUACAUUAUAAAUUAAAGUUAUAGACGUAUAUGAUCAGAUUCAAACUGGUUAACAACCCCAUCAUGUGACCAGACCAUGUGACCAUAAACCGACAUCACAUACCUUACGUAGUUAUUUUAAUCACAUCCAGUGAGUUGGAUCUUAGUGGUUAAAAUCUGUUUAACAUGUUAGCGAAUGUGUAAAGAAACUGGCAGGAGGUCACUGGCCUAAAGUCAGAAGAAACACAACACCAAUCCCAUAUUUGACCACUUUACUCCUCUCUAGUUUCAGCCUAAAGACACAGAGCUCUGCUUUACACAUAUCAUAAAUUAUGGUUUUUACAUUUUUUUAAGCUCAACACACAUUAAAAUAGCAUUUCAAUGUGCGGUUAACAAUAUUUUCUAAUCCACUGCCAUUCGUCUCUGGGUCUGUUUUCACUCAAAUGGGUCUGUGGUCAGUUGUUGGACUGCUCUUAGCCAUAGAUCUCCACCCACUGCCAUUGAAGCACCCUGCUGUAUUAACUCCAUGAAAGACCAGAGUGGGGUGAAAAGCUCUUUAAGAGCUGGUUUAAACAGGGUCAAAAGCCUCCUCUGGAGAUGAUCCAUAUUAUAUUUGACCCAACCACAGCACAGAUGUUUAAUUUAGACCACAGAGUGCUGUGUGUAGUUUUAAAAAGUGUUAUGAUAUGUCACUUUUAAGGCUCGAUCUUCAGUGAAGACUGCUGAUUUGUGGAGGUUUCAGUCAUACAGCAUGAUCUGCACCAGAAGAAAAAAGCCAUCAUUGAACGCUCAGGAAAAACUCAAAAUGUGAACUUGUACUGUUAUCAGCUGGGCAAAACUGCUGGUGUCGACCGUGUCAUGUGACUGAAAGCCUCACAACACCUAGACUAGUAUUUUUAUGUCAACCUCUGAAUCUGCAGAUAAAUUAUGAUCUAAAAAACUACUUCAAAACUAGCAGCAUCAAACCUUUUCUACAAACAAUUCUUUACCUGGAAGUCAAAGAAUCCGACUUCAGAAAACUGCUUUUAAUGAAGAAAAAAGACUUGAAAUACCAAAAUAUGGAAAUGAUCUCCCUCCACUUGUAGAUUUUACCCUCAUAUUUUCAGUAAAACAUUCACCAUGACUGAUGACAAAGAAUAAUUCUGGAAUAGAGUGGUUUUAUUGCAAACGUCUCUCAAACAUGAUCAGUUCUUUACAGGCAGUCUGGCGUUUUUAAAAGAAAAAAGCAAAAAGUAGAAAAUCUUGUACUUUUGCAUUAUUGCUCUAAAUGAGUAUUUAAGUAGUUAAAGUUUGAGAUUAAACUGCCCCAUGGAAGCAAAGAAGAUUUUAAGAAGUAGUUGGAUUCUUUGGAUUUUACUGUAUCACUGAUUUAAGUGCUUUGAAUUCCCCUUUUUUACCCUCUUUUAGGCCACAUAAAUAUGUUCUGUAGUUUUUUAAUAAAUAUUUGAGGAACCUGCUGUUAAACCUGAUCUAAAAAUAAAUGCUUUUUUGAAAGGAAAAAUAAACACAAGGGGACAACAGCUAGAUGCUCCUUACCAUGGCGUUUCCUGUUCCUUUGUUUUUUACCAUUCCCUUUAGCUGUUUUUGUUUAUUUCUGUUCUCUUUCUUCCCCAUGGUUAAGCUAAUGUCAUAAGUUUUUGUCCACCAAAGUUCCUUAUUUUCGUUCAAAAUAAAAGCAGGGAGUUUCUUCCAAAAAGAAACUACCCUUAGUUUAAGACCGCAGAGAUUUCAAAGUAAAACAUAAAACCCUUAACUUAAGUUACCGUGGACUGAUCUACAUGCACAGAGAAAGCAAAACAUGAGCUCCUGAUAAGCGUAAAUGCUGUCACAUAAACCGAGGAUCACUGGUGAGUAAUUUGGUACAUGCACUCCUGCAGAUUCUUAAUGUAUAAUAGUGAUAAGAAAUGUCCGUUUUGAAAUGGAGUUUAAAUCAUGUGAUAAAAUAUGUGAUACAUCAUGGUUAACGCUCAAAACGGAGCAAUCAUAGGCUCUUUGUAGAUAACAUUACAGGUGGCACAGAACACUCAUGGGGGGCAAGUAGUAAUUUCUGCAUAGAGAAAAGCCAGGAGGAAGCCAAAUAUAAAAACAAUGUAAAUUCUGGAGCAACAUUUGUGUCCUGAGAGUAGUGAAAUAUUUAGGCAAAAAAAGUAAAAAAGAAAACUCAAGGAGAAAGCAGACAGAAGAAAGCCUCCAUGUAAGGCCUGGACUAGCUGCUGGUGUAUGGUCUGUUUCCACACAGCAGGCCAGUUUGGUUCAGUUUUAUCAGUUUAGCUCAUUCAACUCUGAUCUUCGCUGUAUUUCCUCAGCUGCUUGUCCAGCCUUGUCCGUUGUCACGGGAAAUCUGUCUCUUUUAAGAGAAGUUUUCUGUUGAUCAUCAAAUCCUAAAUUUUAACCUUCCUCCUAUUUGCUGUACUCAACUUCCUGACCCCCAACGGACAUUAGGAUCACAUGAUUGCAAACAACCUGUGGCACAACCAGUCCUGGUUUUCACCAUAAUUAAUGCCUAAAAGUCCUCAAACAUUUUAUGUCUUUGACUUUAUGAAGAGGGGAAUUCAAACCACUUCUAAUGAAAGAUAAAUAUUCAACGCUGUGAAUUCAGAGUUCAAACCUUUAUGUUUUACUGCUGUUAUUUAAAGUUUCUCAUUGUGAUCACAUCAUAAUAGCCACUGUGGUCAGGCUUAAUGUUUGAUAGUUCUAGGGAUUCAUGCGGCAUUUUAAAGUACAGUCUGAGGUUUUUCUGAGCUGUAAUACAACAGAGAACAUGUUCUGAUGAGUGAGAGCACUUCGUAUUCUCUCAUGGAGAGGCCUGGUGCUCAUGCCUGGCAGUGUCACAGCCAAGUGAAUCACCACUGCUCACGUCUGAUUUCACUGAUUUCUGUGACAAACCAACAUUUGUCUGGUCUAACAAGGACACCUGCUGGUCAACAAUGACAGAUUAAUGUAAACCAAACAGAAAAUGUUUAUCAGCAGUCUGGUUUACAGUUUUAGUCUCACACCAACAGUAUUUGUACAUUUUAAACUUGAUUUCAGGAAGAUAACUCUCUGCUGCUCAUUUUCUGGGAAAAAAGCUCAACUGUUUGUGUGUCAAAGGUCAAAAAUGAUUUUAAAAGUGCCCAGAAAUGUAACUUAAUGUCUCUUUCAGAUGUAUUGUUAAUUGUUUGUCUGACCAUGAAUUCAAAACUGAAGAUUUCAAGACUUCAAGUUUAGUUCAUCUGUGCAUCUUUUUUUUUUUUUUAACUAACAUCAAGUUUUUGAAAACAUCAAACUACAAACCCAGGUCAUUUAUGAACACGAAAUUUUGAGAUCCUGAAAACUGGUUAAACACCUAAAAAGCUUGAUACUACCAAAUAAAAAAAGUGGUAAAACUUAACUCAACCCCUUUUUAUCUGUGUGUAAUAAUGACUCUUCAACAGGGAAGACCACCUUUACAUUUGUCUAAUAAAAUGAUACUGUUGCUUUAUCAACCAACAGAUAAAAACAGCGUCCUCCUGAGACCUGAACUUUAGUUUGGAAUGUAUUUUUAGUUUCUCCCACUUUUUUUAAAUUAGUGGGACAUGAAAAAUUAAAAAUUAAAAAUUAAUUAAAAGCUGAACUUUGUCUUUUAACAGGAAUUAGACUUGACCAAAAAUGAUGCCCACAAAUCUCUAGAAUGUCCUUUUUCUGCACAAAGUCCAGCACUGGAUCAGUUUGAGAGCAGAUGUUUUGGUUGUGUUGGUCAGUUGUUUGGUGUCUGUCAUUGAAGGAGUUAUGCUGAUGGACAACUAGGACUUGUUAAGGCUAAGCAUCAACAAAAUUUACUCUAAAAGUUCUGAAUUUAUUGGAACUUUUCCUUUUCCAAAACUCACAAAAAUCACUAAAAUUUCUGUUUAAAAAAAAGAACAUAAUUUUAAAGUAUUCCAAAGAAAUAUUCCAAAAUGUUUCAGUGAAACCUUAUCAUAAAGCUUCAACAACCCACCAAAUAUAUUUUCCUAAAAUUCAGUUUUAAUUCUAGGAAUUUUUUUGGAGAAUUCCCCUUAAAUUUUUAUUGAAUUCUCCAAAAAAAAAAUACAAAUACAUUCCCCCAAAAUCCAUGCAAAUGAUAGAAAAUUUCCUAAAUAAAUGUCCUAAUAUUUCCAUGAAAAUUAUUUAAAACUUAAAGGAACAACACCCAACCAAAUUCCCAAAAUAGAUUCUGCAAAUUUCCAUGAAAAUACCAUGAACUUUCAAGUCAAAUUUCCCAAACAUCCAGAUACAUUCCCAAAAUUCCCUUGAAAAUACAAAAUAAAUAUAUAAAUUAAACAAAAUUGACCCCAAAACUCCCAAUGAAUCUCUCAAAAAUAUACCAACAUGUCCCAAAUUUCAAGGAAAAUACUUAAAAAUUACCAAGAAAAUUUCUGAAAAAUAUCAAUGAAAAUUCCUGAAAACUUAUUAGCGUAUACUCCAAACAUUUCGAGGGAGUUACUUAAAUUUCAGUGGACAUUCUGGACAAUUUUCUCUGAAAUUCUGAUCACAGAAAUGCCUAUGUUGUUGGAAAGCCAAAAUGUAAUGACCUCAUAUGAAAAAGCAGGGUCUUGGGAGGAUAUUUUAAAAGUCCUGUAUUUGAGAUGAGCUAAAUUUUGGAUUUUAAAUCUAUUGACAUACUAUUUAAGCCCUAAGAGUACAUAGAUCCAUACAUCUCAUUUUACGUCAUUUUUACACCAUAAAAUCCCAGUUUCUGGUGGUUUUCAGAGAGGGCUUGAUGCCUGAGUGUAUCUGUGUAGUUGGGACAAAUAUGACUGCAGGUAAAUCAGAGCAUAAGACGCUUUUUCUCACUGAUUUCAGCACAAUCUGGUCUUUUCACAGAAGCCAUUGCUGCCCCCUGGUGGCUGUUGGAGAGAAUGCAGGCCAAAACCACAUAAACAUUAGCUGCACUUGUGACACCAUAGUCCUCUUGUUUCACAAAGCUCUACAGGAUUGAAAAUCUCCUGUUUUAGCAGAAUCUUUCAGGAUUUCAGACUGGUCUUUAUUUCAAACUAAGUGCUCAUGAAUGACCUGACAGGUUUUUUUUUCUGACAUUAGGAGUCUCAAAUGUAAAAACAGCGACAAAAACUGGGGCUGAUGGGUUUUUCCCCCUCUUUGGCUCUGGUAAAACUGUGAUUCAGCUUUAGGUGUUGUUUGUUGUACUCUGAAUGGAUUAAAAAGAAUUCAGGAUAAUAUCUGAGAUGGAUCAAUCAGAGCAUGUUAGAGUUUAAGAACGGCAUUUUAACAUCAAAUAAAACAGGGAAUGUAGUCUGUGCUCGUCCUACCUGCCAAAAAAAAAAGCAGCGAAGAAGAAGAGAGCUCAACGCAUGUCACGACAGUAUAAUAGAGAAACACACGGUGUUACAUUUUCUUAAAAAUCACAGCAGUGGGUCCGUGUGUGUUCAGUGAAACUCUAAGGUACUCAUUAACCCGGUUUCUUUGUGCCUACAUUUCAAAAUAAAAUGCUGUUUAAUGUUGUUUUAUGUGACGCUCCUGCUCGGCUGGGGUCACAGAGACGAUGAAAUGUUGACACCACGUCCAUAAAUACUUAAAAUAUGAGCUUUAAUUUCUAAAAUCAACAGUUUGAGAAGGAAAAGCUUUGAUAAGGUCUGGAUUUUGUGAAGUAGGAUGGUUCUUAAUUCAGUGUUGUUUUUGUAAGAAUAAGAAAACUGUAGUCAUAAUGAGGCCAAAACCAACACAUUUGUUCCUUCUGAGGACCUAAAUACCUAAAAAAAAAAAGAAAAAGAAAAAAAAAAAGAAAGAAAGAAAAAAAACCCACAAAAAAUAACUGAUUUUUUUUGUGUGUGUUUAUUUGAAGAGUAAAGGACAGUGGAUAGUGAGGAAAUCAGGGAGAGAGGGCAGGGAAUAACCCACUGGUCAGGUAUGAGUCUACACUGCCAACUUGAAAGAUUGGUUCAACCAAACCUCUGCAUCCCUAAAACCCAACUUUUAUUAUUCUAAAGUAGUUUCACAUAUUUCAUGUUUUCUCAAAUUGAAUCCACUAGGAUUUGGCUGGCUACACACUAGAUAUUUUUUUAACUCUUGACCAAAAACAUACAAGUAUAGUUUAAACUGAUUUCUAACAUUAUAAUGUGAUUUUUAAGUUAAAUUUGACGAGACUGUGAGGCAACAAGCCCACCGUUUGUAGUAACAAUUUCACAGUGGAGAUCUCACAGAAACUCGUGUAUCAAACGUGAGUCCAGAAGAAAAACAAACAUGGAGGACCACUGAAAAUAGAACGACGAAAUCCAGCCAGAGAAGACAUUGUAAUUGUGGUCUUGCAUCGGGGAUCCUGGUCUGGAUUCAAACACACUUGACCCCAAAGUCCGGUUUUAUUUGAGUGUGAACAAGAGCGUAUGGCCUGAGUCCACUUAAAGAACUGGUCAUGUGGAUUCAUGUGGACUUGGGCACGGCAUACAGGAAAUGUGAGCGCACCUGUGCUCAAGUACGGGACACAUGUUGGCAAUUCUCAUUAUUAUAUUAAGAAUAAAAGCAUCCGUAGUAGCCCGCAGGAUAGACUUCAUUGUCAGUACAGAGCAUCAAUAAAUGUCCACCGGCUGGUUGUCAUGGCCGCCGACAGGAGCUGAGCUGGUUAGGCUGCGCUGAGUAAGAGAGCUGUUGCGAUGAGCACAGAAGCCUUUCUAAAGAGGCCCAGGUUGAGCCUCUUUGGUAGAAAAUAUUCAACGGUUUAGAAGGGUUCUUUGUGAACAGCAGUUGAACAUGGGUCAGUCGGUCCUGAAAGUUGGGCGAUGUUUGGGAUGGUGAAGCUGAUGGAACGGGACCUGCGAUCACGGGGCUUUUUGUCCACUGAGAGCGAUGCACCUAAUGUGAAAACAACCUAUUUUAGCGUCAUGUUGCUUGCUCUCAUUGUUUUUUGGGGUUAUUCUGUUGGAGAAGGCUCAACCUGCAAUUGUAAAUAUUUGUGAUUCGAGAUCAAGGGGGGUUCUGAUCCAAUUAUCGGCAGUAAAAUAUUGAUGAUCUGGACAAAAAUUCAGUUGCAACAAGCCUCAAAUCAGACCUAGAAGCAUCUUGUGUGUAGCCAGCCUUAGGGUUGCUUUCUAAACAGGGUUUUUUUCAGACUCUAAAGCCUCAAAAUGAUCUAACGGCUACUAUUAAUGCCAAUUAUAUCCUGUUCCUUUCAAGAAUAAAGCAACAAUUUAAAAUGUGUAUAAAUGUAUACCAAAAUAAUGAACAAUUUCUCCGUUUUUCUCUCAAAACCAAACAGAAACUUUUUUUUGUCCAGUUGCCAGUCCCAGCAUCCACCUGAUUCCCCCUCAUUAACCUUUAAGGUUUUUAUUUUAUCUUCUCUGUGUUUAAAGUCGUUCUUUUUGUAAAAUUAAGUUAAAAACUAACAUUUCUUUUUAAAAACAUUUUACAGGCCUAAAUAUAUCUAUCUACUUACACAAACCACAUCAAAAACCAUCAUUAAACACGAAGAAAAAUAUUUUUCUCAUGCUCCAAAAACGCCGUGGUGUCAGUAUUUCCUCUUCUUGUUGUUUCCUCUAGGUCCACUGACAUUUGUGGACACCAGCUCCGGGUUUUCACCAUGUCACUGUUUUUUUAAAUCCUCCUCUUUGGGACAAAGGAGCGUUUUCCCUCCAUUGUUUUUAAUGUGGCAUCAUCUCCAGACUACAGAGACUGAAUCUGGAUGAGUAGGAGCUUCUUCAGGCAGGUUUAAAGUAGAUUCUUCUCAGUUUACUUUCUUCUUCUUCUCCUUUUUUUAAACUCAGUAUUGUAUUUAUUUCCAAAAGACUGAAAGACGACACUGGUGAGAGGCAACAUGUAGAUUUGUGGACGCACUGUUUACAAAUGCCUUGGAUACUUGACUUCUGUCAAUAAAAAAUGUGAAAAAUAAUAAA